UUUUCAUUAAAGAUUUAAAAUUCAUAAACGGGUUACAUGGUGAAAGGAGCCUAUUACAUUUGAAGCUCAAUUAACCCAAUAAAACAGUACAACCAAAAUAACAAAAUGGGUUAAAAAGUGACACAUGUGCAACAUGUGUAAUACGUAUAUGAUGUGUAAAAAAACACGCGAUCGACUCAUCACCUCCUUUCACACUAGAGUGGAAACACCGACUAGAUCUAAAAUUUUCCAGCAAAAAAAAUCGCCUUAUCAACCACGAGGAUCCAUUAGUAUUUCAGCUGUUGACUCCAAAAUUCACCAAAGGCCUUUUGCAGCUUUAUUUGAGUAUGAAGAAAACAGCGAAAUUUGAAACUUUAGAUCUGUUAAUCUUCGGAAGACGUGAGAAGAUGAGAUUGUCAGACUAGUAGCAAAACACGCUCUCCUAAUCCGUUCUUCAUCAGCCACUGAAUUCCACUCACCACAAUUUACAAACUCAAGGAGAAACCAUCAUCCAAUACCGAUCAUACAGUCGCAGAACAUGAGAUUCUGUUUCGAUGGAGUCGUCGUUGACAUUGAAGAAUGGGAAACCAGGGACUCCGGUGAAGGAUCGGAGCAAGUUUCUUCAGUCCAAGUCUCAAGAUGCAUCCAGAUCGUUGGAGAAUUCAAACCCUAACAUUUCGAGUCCGGCUAAAUCGAAAUCCGCGAAGAAACCAUCGGCGCAGAAGAAUCAGAGUCCAAACCCUAAGAACCACCUUACCCAGGCGGCGGUUUUCUCUCCUCGGAAUCGGAUCAGAGAGAGGAAGUUUGUUGUGGUGUCGAAGAAGUUUUCGAAGAAAGGGAAAACGGAUCCAGCGGUUACUGAAUCGAAGGUUGCUGAGAUUGAUUGUAAAUGCGGGGAGAGGAAGAAAGGGAACAUGAAAUGUGUUUGUGUAGCGUAUGAGACGCUUCGUGCUUCGCAAGAAGAGUUUUUCAAGAAAAGAAUUGAAUCGGAGGAGGAGGGAAAGGGAGAUUUGGAGGAAUGCUGUAAUCUUGGAGAUGGAGAAGAAGAAUCCGGGGAGCCGGAGAAAAUUGGGGUUUCUACGAUGAAGAGGUCAAGGGCUAAGGUGGUGGAAGAAGCACGGCAAAGUGUGCCUGUUUCUGGUAAAGUAAUGAAUCUUGUUGAAGCGUUUGAGAAACUCACUUGCUUUAGUAACUCAAAGACAGUCAACAAGAAUGAAGAGAAGCAAACAGAAGAAGAUAUGAAGUUGGAGGGUGAGAAAGAGCAAAAGCAGUGGAGUUCUUCGUUUUGUUCAUCUGAAUUGGUUUUAACUGCUAAGAAUCUUGGGUUAGAUCCCAAUGCCUCUGUUUCUUCGUCCUGGGACAGCACCCGCGGCAGUGGUUUGAGUGGGAGUUCAAAUGCUGGCCGGAGAAGCAGAAGAAAUAGCUUGGACUCAGCUACUACAAUGGGAAGUAGAAGAUCAAAGAAGAAGCAGGUUAAGGUCACUUCGUUGAAGCCUUUUAAGCUUAGAACUGAGCAAAGAGGCAAAAUGAAGGAGGAAGAGUUUGCAAAAAAGCUUCAAGAAAUAACCAUGGAGGAAGAAAAGAUGAGAAUCCCCAUUGCUCAAGGUCUUCCAUGGACAACCGAUGAACCUGAGUGUCUAGUUAAGCCUCAUUGGAAAGAUCUCACAAGACCAGUCGACUUGAUGCUCCACUCAGAUGUCCGGGCAGUAGAACGAGCAGAAUUUGAUUACCAGGUUGCCGAGAAGAUGAGCGUCAUUGAGCAAUACAAAGCGGAAAGAGAAAGACAACAGAAGCUGGCGGAGGAAGAAGAGAUAAGAAGGCUGAGGAAAGAAUUGGUCCCAAAAGCACAACCAAUGCCAUACUUUGAUCGACCAUUCAUUCCAAGAAGGUCGAGCAAACAUCCAACUGCACCACGAGAUCCCAAGUUUCACAUACCACAACACAAGAAGAUCAGAUGCUGCAGUUCGUCUUCUUGGAGUGAAACUGGCUCCUGCAUGAGCGAUUUCCAAUAUCAGUUUCUCUAAAAAGCCUCUUUUGGAUCCAAUAAAUAUAUUAUCCCUGUCCAUAUUGUCAUUUUUAAAACUACAUUACCUUCUGUAAGAGAGAUCCAAUCAAGCAACCAAUUAGUUGCAGUUUCACAGAUUUGACUAUCAUUCUUGUUCCACCUUUGUAAUAAUCUGGUCUACACCUAAAAAAUGAGAAAGUUUUCAUUUUGUUUGCAAA